AUGGAAACCUAUUUUAAACCAAAGAAAAUUGAAAUUAAGCCUGAAACAGUAGCAGAAGAUUUGGAGAAAGGAAAUAAAGGAACUGGAAUUAAUCAUGAAAAAGAUUUAGAAAAAAUCAAGGAAAAAAGAUCAAAAGAGAAUGAUAGUAAUAUUAAUAGUGAUAGUGGAUCAAGUGGAUAG